AUGGGCAUGGCUCCUCGCGAUAAACCUGACGCCAACAACGCCGCCGGUAAUGGCGGCAAAGAGACUCGUUAUCGUGGUGUUCGUAAGCGUCCUUGGGGCCGUUAUGCGGCGGAGAUUCGAGAUCCCGGUAAGAAAACCCGUGUUUGGCUUGGUACUUUCGAUACUGCCGAGGAGGCGGCUCGCGCAUAUGAUUCCGCCGCUCGUCAGUUCCGUGGCGCUAAAGCGAAAACCAACUUUCCUUUCCCUACGGAUUUGUUGCUUCCGACAGCCGUCGUCAGCGGAGGCGGAAUGAAAUUCCUCACGAAGACUCCUAGCGAGAGCAGCAUGGUUGAGGCGUCGUCGAACUCGAUGGCGCCGUCGCCGGGGCCUAUCUCUACCGCUCUGCUUCCGCCUGAAGCACUUGACCUUAGCCUCUCGCACUAUCCCCUUGGGUUCCCGAUGCCUCAUUCAAUGUUCCUGUAUCAUUCACAAAUGAAUCUCCAUAUCAACAACAAUAACAAUCGCAACCGACUCAACGUUUUCAGAUCGGACAGAUCCGUCGUCCGCGAUCCUCAUCUCACCGUCGCUACCGGCAGCCUCGCGCAGCAGAGCGAUUCCGACUCUUCUCAAUUCGUGAAUUUUAAACAAGAGAAAUCUCUAACUCUCGAUCUCGAUCUCAAUUUCCCUCCUCCGGAAGUUGCCUAA